CGUCUCCCUCUGAAGAUGCUGCUGCUGCUGCUGUUCCCCAUGGCCUUUGUCUUGCCCCCCGGGGCUCAGGCUGGGGAGAUCAUUGGAGGCCAGGAAGCCCGGCCUCACUCCAGACCCUACAUGGCCUUUGUGAAAAUAGAGAGAGAAGGGAAAGGAGGAAACAUGUGUGGAGGGUUCCUGAUCCGGGAGGACGUGGUGGUGACAGCAGCUCAUUGUAACUGCAACUUGGGUAACAUCUCUGUGCUGCUGGGGGCCCACAACUUUGCAAUAGAUGAACUGGGGAGGCAGAAGAUUUGGGUACGUCGCCGAAUCCCCCAUCCAGAAUUCAAUGACGAGACAUUUGAAAAUGACAUUAUGCUGUUGCAGCUGUGGAAUAAGGCCGAGAUGACCCAGACUGUGGGCACCAUCCCCCUGUCCCAGGAGAAGGUGAAGAAGGGGGCAGUGUGUAGCGUGGCUGGCUGGGGCCAGACUAGUAUCAAGACAAACGCCCAGCCCUCCCCGACCCUGCAGGAGGUGGAACUGACGGUCAUGGGGAAAUGUAUGUGUCUGUCUCGGCCCAUUCUGCACUAUGUCCCAUCCAGGAUGCUGUGUGUGGGGGACCCCCAGGAGAGGAAGGCACCAUUCCUGGGUGACUCCGGGGGCCCCCUGGUCUGUGAUGGGAAGGCCCAGGGCGUUGUCUCCCAUGGCACUGGUGACUGGUCAACACCCAGUGUGUUUACCAGGCUCUCCAAAUACGUGUGCUGGAUCAAGAAAACUCUGCGCAAGCUGAAGCCUUAGAGGGGAGCGUCCAUCUCUAGUGUGAGUGGAGAGAUAGAUGGGUAUUGCAGAGCAAUGGCAAUGGCCGGCUGCUGCCUAUCACAGAUGGAUG